GCUUGUUUACAUUCGUAGUGUCUAUGCAGCAGAAGCGGAUUUUUAUCAAUCGGCGUUCUUGUAGAUGAUUUAAAUAGAGUUACGGUCAUUCUAAUAGUGCAUAGAGCUAACAUGAACUUUGUGAAACAGUUAGGCAAGCUAUUUUAUGAACAAGAGUUUUUGUGUAACGCAUAUUAUUUAGUUUACUAGCACCUAUUUCGCGAUGUUCAUUGAGCGACUCUCCCAUUAGAUUGGAAUCGAAAAAUUGGCAGAAAAAGGAUUAUCAACAUUUUCGCACCUAGAUCAAAGUCACAGAGUCUCGAGCUCACGUUUGAAUGCUUCCUUGUAUUUCCAUGAAUUGGUCAAUCGAUGGAUUUUUUCCGUUUCCGAUAAAUUUUCUUAUAAACGUAUUUAGCUUCUCCGCAGAGCAUUCGGGUACUCGGAAAUCAUAUCUGAGAGUUGGUUGAUAUUUCAGGCUGAAAAUGUCCUUAAUUUCAACAUAAUCAACUGCUUUUUUGGCGGAACUAGCCGCCGAUUAAGGAUAUCUGCACACGAAUAUUCAUUAUAGUUUAUUCUUUCACGAGACCAGCAAAAAGCUUAAAACCUAAAUGGGAGCACACUUCACCUAAUCCGGCUAUACAAUCGCAAUGUGCAGUUUGCACUAUUUCUGUGAAAAUUUUUGAAUAAUCAAUCUGCUUCCAUUGAUAUGAAUCAUGGCCAAAACAGAAAUUUCUAUUUUUCCCCGUGUGUAUGGCUUUGACGCUAAAAGUAAAUAUUUUUAUGUGAAGAAACAUAUAUUCGCAUGUUAUUCAUAUAGAUUAGCGCGUAAUCUUUAUAACUAUUUCGCUAAAAUAAUUAUUUAAACAAAGCUCAAUCUUGUCGCUCCAUAUAAUUCCUAUGGAGCGAUCACUUUUGCCUGCCCAACAGAUCACUAAUACAUAUGCACGCUGCAAGCGCCCUAUCACAAAACGCUCGAAUUAGAAUUUGUUUGUUGUUGCGCUGUUCAGUUGUCAUAAGCAAGCAGUUUUUGAUUUUGGAAUAUCUUCACUUUGCUGACAAGAAGCACUGCAUUUGUUGGUGAAAAUACUCUCAAAAAACAGCCAGCUGUCGGAAAAUCUCGCAAAUCUUUGGGUGCAAAGCAGAGGUGUGAUUUUUGAGUGGGAUUUGUUUGUAAGCAAACUAUGUGAAAGUGGUGACGAGAAACGUAGUGGCAGUGUGGUUUUCGUGGGAUUUCUCAAUGAUUCGUGAUUGCAGCUGUUCAAGGUUUACCAGCUUGGGUUGGAUAUGCAUAAUGUUCCAUUGACACACAAAACAGAUUCAAGUUCUGGGGGAGGUCAUGAAUUAGGUGCGAAUAGAGUAGCGACAUCUGGACCUGAUAUUUGUCUGAUAAAUGUUUACAUCCCCAAGAAGGGCGAAAUUUAUUACUAUGUAUUUUUAGGGAGAACACAACCAACGACAUAAAUCAGAAUGUCAUCAAAGCUUCCAAUUCGUAAAAAUGUGGAGCCACUGUUUAAACUCGUGUCCGAUUUGGACAAACCAUCGAACAAGUCCUCCUCACUGGAACAAUGUACGCGUACCGAUGCUGAAUAUGAUCCCGGUCCGAAGUCGGAUCAUCACUAUCGGUUGGCCCGCAAAAACCGAAAGUCCCGACUAGCAGGUUCUUCGAGGACAUACGUGGGUAAGUUCGUGAGCCGAAGUAAAAGCGUCGAUGAUUUGCAGGCGGGUAAUGAACGCGCUUCGAAAGAUCGGAAAAGUGAUCACGAGAAGAGGGUGGAAAGUGAACUGCGCGCAAAAGAUCACCAGAUUUCCAAGCUGAUCAAAAAGAUCACAACGCUGUUCGAGUGCAACAAUGAGUUUGCGAUACAAAAUGAUAAACUCCAGAAGGAGUACCAGCAAGUGCAGCAGAACCUUAGAGCGCUUGAGUCGAUACAGCCGAAGAGCUGCGAAAAUUGUGCAGCUCAUGAAAUUGAACGAACGACCUUUCUGAAGGAACACGACGACUUGAAGAACGAUUUGAGAAUGAUGAAAAUUCUUGUCUACCGUCUGAAUGUGCAAGUCGAACGAUAUCAGGAUGUGAUACGAAAUUGUAAAGGGCCAGCGAGUGAAAUACCGAAGAUUGACUUCGUGGAUAGUUCGUACGGGGGUACCAAGGACAAUCUCAACUGGGGACCUGUGAAUUCCCAUACAUUGGGACCACUUUUGAACGCCUAUGAAGAAACGAUAGUAGAAAAGAAUGAUUUGAUACAACAAUUCGAACGCGAAAUGAUCGAUUUCACGGGUAAAUUAAAAAAAGUCAUGGAAGAAAACGAAAAGCUACAUGGGGAAAUGGAGAACAUCAAGAGUACCCAAAGUAAUUGGUUCUCGGAGCGUGCGAAAAUGCAAGCUCAAAUUGACGUUUUCAAGAGUAAGGCGGAAGUCCAAGGGAAACGAGCCGACUUAGCGAAAGAGAAGCUCAUCGAGGUACUGAAAUGUUACGAACAGAAAAUACAAGCUCAGUGCCUUGACAUAGAACGUCUUCAGGAGGCAUACUCACGUUCCAAAGGGGAACUGGCUUCGCUCAGACAUCUCAGUCAUAAACCAGAAGUGGAGGAUGAGAAUUUGAAAGAGUGUCAAAGAUUGUUCGACGAGUUAAAAAUUCAGCAUGUGACAGAAAAGUCCCGUAUCACAGUCGAAAUUGACACGCUCAGAAACGAAGUACAAGCUAAAAAUGAAGAAAUCGUUCAACUGAGGUCUCAAGCUGCUGAGCAGAAAGCGAUAUUUGAUCGUCAGAAAGAAAUCAAUGAGGUUCUAGUGGAGAAAAACACCUCCCUCAAACAAUCACUGGAGCGCAUCAGACAAUCAAAAGAGGUCCUCAAGACACGUCUCAAGAAGAUGAUCACAUGGAGUAAGAGUGUGGAACAACGACGUGACCAGUGGCAAGAUUCCUGGCGCAGCGUAAAAGCUCUCCAGGAUAAGGUUCGACAGCGAGAUGAGCAGCUUCAGGCGCUUCAAGCGCAGUAUCGUUCCGAAGUGGACCAGCUGCAGCGACGGCUUAGGCAUCGGGAGGAUACCCUGCGAAAUGUGCUUGGGGAAAAAGCACAAUUUAGACAGGUUUAGAUGUUAGAGAAUUACUUUGUACUAUUAAACGCAAGCGACCGCAUCGAAUGCACAUAGAUUAUUAUGUAUUAUGCGAACUAGUCAAAUUAUUAUUUUAAAUAAUUUAUGAGAGCUUUAACAAAUACAAUUAUUAACUGUAA